GCAGCCUAGUAGAGCUGGGCGGGAGGAGUCCAGGAGGCGGGAGCUGCCGCGGUCUGGUAGCCCGCAUCUCUGGAUCCCCGCAGCCUGCAGACCCGGGACCCCGACCCGCGCGUGGAGCGAAGCCCACUCGGUACCCCUACGGCCGCCGCGGCGGAACGAACACCGCAGAUAUGGCUAUGGGACUCUUCCGGGUCUGUCUGGUUGUGGUGACGGCCAUCAUUAACCACCCACUGCUGUUCCCACGGGAGAAUGCCACCGUGCCCGAGAACGAGGAGGAGAUCAUCCGAAAGAUGCAGGAGCACCAGGAGAAGCUGCAGAUGGAGCAGCUGCGCUUGGAGGAGGAGGUGUCGCGUCUGGUGGCCGAGAAGGAGGCCCUGCGGCAGAUAGAAGACGAGGACCAGCAGCAGCAGCUAGAGGCGCACACCACCUGGGACCUCUGGAGCACCCUCUGCAUGAUCCUCUUCCUGAUCAUCGAGGUGUGGCGGCAGGACCACCAGGACGGGACCUUUCUGGACUGUCUUGGGGGAGACGAGGACGAGCUGUCUGGACCAGGGGGAGCUCCGCUGCGCGGCCUUCCCCUGCCCAAUAGGGCCACCCUGGACCACUUCUACGAGCACUGUAUCCGAAGCGCCACGGGUGACGCCACCCGCACCCGGGAGUUUGUGGAAGGCUUCGUGGAUGAUCUUCUGGAAGCUCUGAGGAGCAUCUGCAACAGGAACACCGAUAUGGAGAUGGAGGACUUCAUUGGCGUGGGCAGCAUGUAUGAAAACUGGCAAGUGGAGAGGCCGCUACUGUGCCACCUGUUUGUACCCUUCGUACCCCCAGAGCCCUACAGCUUCCACCCAGAGUUCUGGUCCUCCCACCUUUCCAUGCCCCUGGAACGUCAGGGCUAUGGCCAGAUCAAGGUGACCCUGGCCGACGGGGACUCUCUAGGCUGUAUCUGCGGCAAGACUAAGCUUGGGGAGGAUAUGCUGUGUCUCCUCCACGGCAGGAAUAGAGGGGCGUGGCCCCGCAGUGGUGGGAGCAACGAGAUGGAGGAUUUGCUGUGUUCCAGAGAGUCCUCCUAUCUAGACGCCAUGCAGGUCAUGAAGUGGUUCCAGACGGCCCUCACCAAAGCUUGGCACCGCAUCUCCCACAAAUACGAGUUUGACCUUGCUUUCGGCGAGCUGGACACCCCGGGGUCUCUCAAAAUCAAGUUCCGCUCAGGGAAGUUCAUGCCCUUCGUCUUGACUCCUGUGAUCCAGUGUAAUGACUCAGACCUGUACUUCACCUCGCAACUUCCCAAGGAGCCCUGCCGGGGAGCCCCGGCCUCUAACACUGACUGGCUCCUGUCCUUUGCUGUCUACGAGCGACAGUUCCUCCGGAUGACCGCUAAGGCUUUGCCGGAGGGUGCCUGCCACCUCAGCUGUUUGCAGAUCGCCUCCUUCUUGCUCUCCAAGCAGAGCCGUCUGACAGGCCCCAGCGGGCUGAGCGACUACCACCUAAAGACCGCCCUGCUGCAUCUCCUGCUGUCCCGGCAAGCCGCUGACUGGAAGGCCAGCCAGCUGGAUGUGCGCCUGCAGGAGCUCUUCUGCUUCCUGGAGAGGAGCCUGCUGGAGAAGAAACUCCAUCACUUCUUCGUGGGCAACCACAAGGUGCCUGAGGCCAUGGGUCUCCCAGAGGUUGUGCGUCGAGCCGAGCCGCUCAACCUGUUCCGGUCCUUUGUCCUACAGCGGACUCUUUACCGUCACACAGUGGACUCCUUCUAUGAAAUGCUUAAGAAUGCCCCAACGCUCAUUAGCGAGUAUUCCCUCCAUGUCCCUUCAGACCGUGCCAGCCCACCACCAAAAGCUGUCGCCUUGUAGAGCAUAAGAUUCGGGGAGAGGAGGGAGAGCAUCCCAUGUGUCUACCUUACUGGGCUCUGUGACCUCACGCAGGAGACACACGCAGGAGGCCUGGAGGGAGCUGAGGUUCAGCUCCCCGGGAGGCCAGGUCCUACAGAGGGAAGGAAACAGAAUUACAACUAGACACUGGUCUGCCUUUCUGCCACCGGGGCUUGUUGGCAAAACCCUUGUUUGGGUUUGGGCACCAAUCGUUUGUAGCUUAGUUUUAGAUCGCUAUGAAUGAGUAAGACAGGGACCCGACAGUCUGUAGGUACCGAGUUGGAGAGAGUGCGAGCACUGGUUUGAAUGCAAGCCUUUCCGUGUUGCAGUCCAUUCCGUGUUCCGUAUCAAAGAGGAUCUACCAGGAUGUUACUGGGGAGUCAGACCGAGACCCAGCACUCCACCCCAGGAACUCUAGGCCCCAGCCAUGUGCAGCCGAGUCACGAAUGGGACAGACAUGGGAGUCCACAGCCUUGGAACCACACCAUGCCCAGUAAUAGAGGUCCCACGGUG